AUUUUUAUAUUGAGAUGGCGCUCCAUAACAUAAAUCAUAACAAUGGCAACCAUAAGAUAAAAGUAAAAUAGCUAAACUAAUAUUCAUUUCGUUAAUAUGAAGGAUAUAAUUGCUGAAUCAGAAAAUAAAAUAGAAUGCACCUUUAAUUUGGCUGUUGAGCUUGUCAAGUCUCUUCCUCAAAAAGGUUCAUUUCAGCCUUCUCAUAGUGAUGCUGCUAAGAUUUACAGUUAUUUUAAGCAAGCAAAGUUUGGUCCUUGCACUUUGCCUCGUCCCGGAUUUUGGGAACCAGUAAAUUAUGCAAAAUGGAAUGCAUGGUCACAACUUGGCAACUUACCACGAGAAAAAGCAAUGGAAGAGUAUAUAAAUAAAAUCAAGGAGAUUUCUACUCGUUUCAUGGAAACAAAAGAAUUUGAAGAACAAGCUGAACAAUAUUAUGAUCUUCUGAUCCCAUUCUGUCAAGCCACAAACAUAACAAUGACUCCAAAACUUAUAAGUAUUUUAAAAAAAGAAGAAAAUAAAAAACUUGGAGAUAAACUAAACAAUGGUUUAAAUAGUUCUGGUUACACUUUAAUGACUAAUGGAAAUCAUAAUGGUGUUAAAGUACAUGAAAAUAGCUUUCAUGAAAACACUCAAUUACCUUCAGUGAUUAUUGAUAAUGAUGUGAAAGAUAAUACUGUCGACAAUCAAACCAAGGAGAAUGUUGUUAAGGAUGAGUUACGUGAUAGUUUUGAUGUAGAAGACAUUAACAAAGAAGUUGUAGAGAGUGAUGAUGAAAUAUAUUGUGACUCAUUAGAUCCUGACCAACUUCUUGCUGUUUGUUCUAAGAAAGAAAUUGGCGGUGAUUUGACUGAUCUUACUAAAAUUUCAGUGUUAGAACAUAAAGAAAAUGAGAUAAACUUAAAAGACAAAAUCACAAGUACAAAAAAUGACAUUUCAAAUCAAACUUUUAGGGGAAAAAAAUCUAGUAAUUUUGAAUGUAUAAACAAUGAAAGUUCUUGUCAUUUUUUAAAUAACACCAUGAAAGUAAAAAAUAAUAAAAAUCAAAACUGUGAAAAUAAUAAUAGCAGAUAUAGACACGUAAAAUCACAUUCACGCACACACAGAGGAAACUCUAAGCCAAACUGUUCAACCUAUUCAAAUAAUACAAAUGGUGCAGUUAAUUAUAUUUCAACUCAUCAAAGUCCAAUAGUAACAGGUCAAAUUUCAUUGCAAAGAUCACAAACAGUUAGAGAUAGGUCAAGUUCUGAUCACAGUGAUUCCAGUAGUAGUGAGAGUUCUUUUACUUCUUGCAGCAGUGAUGAUAGUUUAGGCUUGAAAAUCGUUCAAGCUUUGGAAAGAAUGGAAACAAAUUUGCUUAUUGUUGUUAACAGAUUGGAUUCGAUUGAGCGUUCACUAAAAGCUAUCCAGGAUUCCAGUUUGUUCUGGCAAAAAUAUAUUCCAUCCAAGUUUAUGGUUGCAUGGAUGCUAUGGCCUGUUUUAGUAAAUCUUUUUUUUCUAUGGCUUCGGAAAAGGAAAUUACGAAACCCUCGAUGACAAAAUAAAAUAAAAAAAAAAAAAGAAAGUUAAACUUAAACAAAAAUCACUUGAAGCAAUUUACAGUUGGAAAUGAUGACAUUUAAAACAUUGAAGUUAAUCCCCCCAUUAAUUUAUUCAGAAAUAAUGAUUUUUUUAAAUUUUGUAAGUUAACUUUUUUAUUAAUUCCAAAUGUUGUAUUUGUA